CUCCCAGCCGGGCCGGGCGGCGCUGCCGGCGGCGCCGCGGGCGGAGCGGCUCCUCCCGCCCCCGGCGCUCCGCGGCCCCGCGCCGCUUCCCGCCCUGCCCCUUCCCCUGAGGAGGCACCGCCCGCGCUGCGCUGCCGGCAAUGGCUGACUGGGCCCCCAUCGCGAAGGAGUACGACCCCCUCAAGGCUGGCAGCAUCGAUGGCACGGACGAGGAGCCCCACGACCGGGCCAUAUGGCGGGCGAUGCUGGCGCGGUACGUACCCAACAAGGGCGUCACGGGAGACCCUCACCUCACCCUCUUCGUGGCCAGGCUCAAUCUUCAGACCACAGAAGAGAAGCUAAAGGAGGUUUUUUCCCGCUAUGGAGACAUCAGAAAGAUCCGUCUGGUUCGAGACCUGGUCACGGGGUUUUCCAAGGGUUAUGCGUUUAUUGAGUACAAAGAGGAGCGUGCGCUGCUGAAGGCCCACAGAGAUGCCAACAGGCUGGUCAUCGACCAGCAUGAGAUCUUUGUAGACUUUGAACUGGAAAGAACUCUCAAAGGAUGGAUUCCCCGGAGGCUUGGGGGUGGGUUUGGAGGCAAAAAAGAAUCCGGGCAGCUGCGGUUCGGAGGGCGGGACAGACCUUUCCGAAAGCCCAUCAAUUUGCCAAACAUGAAGAACGAUUUCUAUGGAGAAGGAUCAUCAGAGAAAAGAAACUGGUCUCGUGAGGGAACGAGGGACUGGAGAACGAGGGACCGGGAGCACGAGAGGAGCAGGGACAAACGCUGGCCAGAAAGGGAGAGGCCGUGGGCUUGGGGUGACAGCGAGAGAGACUCCAAAGAGGAGAGGAGCAGGGGGAGGGAAAGGAAGGACAGAGACAGGAGGGACAGGGAUAGAGACCGCAGCAGGGACAGAGACACCAAGAAGCAGAGAGAUGAUGAUAAGCACCGAUAGGUGACCGUGCCUUGUCCUUGGGGCUGUGACAGCAUUCCCAGAGCAAGCUGUGGUGCUGCACCUUGUGCCUGUGCCUCUGCUGCCAGCAGCUCUCCAUGAUUUGGUUCCUGCUGCAGUUCAGAUGUGUGUUGGAUUGUUCUUUAGAGAAAAUAAAUUUUGUAUCAUUGUUUUUGAA